AUGCUUGCAUCAAGGGCGUGUACCCGCGCAACGCCGCGCUUACUCGCACGCGUCUCACUUACACCAGUCCUUCAUCAUAGGCAACACGCCACAAAGACAUCAUGCUGUAGCAAAACCUCUACUGUAAAUGCUACAACUAAACCACCAACGCCACCCCCUUCCAUGUUUUCUUCACUGUUUUGGAGCUCCGAGUCUGUCUGGCAACGCGCGUCCGUCAACACAACGCGAUGUCUCAUCGGCUGCACAUCCGGCGACUUUACAUCUAUGUGGCUGUUGCAAUCAUAUUACCCUGAGCUAGGGACUCCUACUAUCAUGGGAAUAUCAAUGGCCGCUGGUAUCACAACAUCUCUGCUCCUAGAAACUGUUCUCCUGCACAAAGGCAAAGAUCGGCUUCCGUGGCCAGUAGCCGCAAAAACAGCUGCAGGCAUGAGUCUAAUAUCCAUGAUUACCAUGGAGGCAGCAGAAAAUGCCGUUGACUUUUACCUGACUGGUGGUACGGUGUGCUUUGAUUCUCCGGCAUUUUGGGCAGCCGCUGCUGCGUCUAUCGUCGCGGGUUUUCUAGCGCCGCUGCCGUAUAAUUAUGUUCGGCUAAGGAAAUAUGGAAAAAGCUGCCAUUGA